GCCCGCCGCGCCCUCCACCUCCGCCGCGCCCACCUCUGUGUUCGCCUCCACGCCCGCCUCCACGUCCACCACCGCGUCCACCGCGAGACUGGGGGCCCUGAUGUUCGGACAUUGACUGAGUUGUGCAAUGUUGUAAUUGCACUUUGUGCUUUCGAAUCGCGGGGUUUGGGCUUCGGCGAGUAGGUUAUCUGAGAUUAACUUUGAUACAGGCCGUUCCACCUGGUCGUCCGGCGGAGCUUGGGCUGCCGCCGCUAACCCUAAGUGGGAAGUUUUGGGAGGAGCGGGACUUCCAGCGGAACUCGUCUUUCUUGUGUGUGCCGCCGAAUGCAAUGCUUCUCCGAAUGUUCGAGACCGACCCUACACAGUUGAAAAUAUACCUAGAAUUCGAGAGAAUCCAGUGAACAUUUCGUUUCACACAAGUCCGCCCCUGACAUCCCGCCUACGUGGCCAGCAAAUUGCCAUUCCGCCGUCGUUCCCUCCCCGCUCCGCGCCGCUGCAUAUCAAAGACCUUCUUCAUAUUGGAAAGGAGAGGAGGCUCAGCCGCUCUAGGCUCUAUCAUAUACCAAACCCCAACGUGACAUCCGAAAUGGAUAACCCAGAAGCCCCUGGCGGAAAGCGAAAGCGUAGUAUAUCCACAGCCAUGCCUCAGCAAACAAGACAGCCAUUGCAGCCUCAAAUGCCAGGCAAUGUUCCUCAAAUAAACUACCUGGCUAAGGCAAGAAGCGGCAAGAUGAGGUUGAUAGAAGGCGACGCAGAUGAUUUCGGUAACAUUCUCGGCCUCAUUGACGAUUACGAAGGGGUGCUCCAACGCCAUGAGAGUCUCGCGGCAAAUUUGGGGGCGAAGCUUGUUGGCCCACUCCUCUUGAAAUCAGUCGAGAAACUCUUCGAGGGCCCAAUUAAAGUCACUACGACAUAUCCCGCUGAAGCUGUACCUAUAACCUGGCUCGAUGUCCUUGAUUUCGCAAGGUCAACGCCCCAAAAUUUUGUUCUAAGCGAGUCAAGGAGCGGUGGCAGAGUAUGCCAGUUCUGGAUCAAUCAAUGUAGCGUUGAGAUAUCAGAAGAUGACUACAGAUUGAUUAUAUCAGGCGCACCAGAAAGAAUGCUUCCAACUCAGCCGAUUGUUGACGAUGAAGUUGCGGAGCUUGGCACAAUGGAUAUCCUAGAGCAACGCCUUUCAAUGCUCAUAAAGCGGGCUGACCUUGUUGCGGCUCGAGCGAGGCAGUUGAAUUACCACCUCAAAGGUAGAAAAUCUGCUAUAGCAAGCCGCCGGGCAGUUGCACAAUCACCCGAACAAACUGGUGCAAGCUCAUCGGCCCAGUUCAUGACAAACCAGAUGCAGGUUUCCACAAGCAACGGUGAGGGCCGCUCAAUCCACCUUGAUUUGCUUCGGCAAUUCCAACAUGAUGAUCGAAAGGGGAUGCCAUCACGCAUUAAAGGUAGCCAUUCUCAAACAGAUGCUACAGGCUCACCAAUGCCGGGAGAAUCUCCAGCGCCAACCAGCUUUGGCAGACGCGUAACUGAUCCAAUGCGUUCUGGCGCCGAUGAUGGAACUGGGGGGCAGUAUCGACCUUUGAUCGCCGCCAGGAUAGAAAAAAUGAACCGGAACGACCCAAUCUGGCCUCCAUGUGAUCGAUGCAGGCGCUUACGUAUGGAAUGCACCAAAUACCUUACAGCCUGCGGUGGCUGUACAAAGAAGCAUGCGAAAUGUUCCUGGCGAGAUAUCACAGAAGAAGAAAUUGCGUUUCUGAUCCAGAUCCCAGAGUCCUCUAUUGAAAACGAAGAUGGAGCUCUUGAAGUAGCAAACAUGAAUGCUAACCUGGACCCAGACUUACGCCUUAUGAAUGGCGGAGGGAUGCAUCUGGAUGGUCAUGGUAGUGAAGGUCUUAUUGGCCCUGGGGAAGGCAAAAGAGGUGAUGUUUUAACAGAUGAGCACUCUAUCUUGACACAGAUGGCAUCCGCGGCAGCUACUGAAGGAAACCGCUAGACAGCUAACGCAAACUUCUGUUGUCUGAUGUCAUCUAUAUAAUAAUAGUACAAUGCGAAUACCAUUGCAAUUCUGUAUAUAAUUUGUGGCGGAUCAUGUGAUAUAUUCCACCUUUCGGGCUACAGUGACUCACAGAACGCUAAACAACAAAAUAACCAAUGACUCGACC